AUGCCAGCUGCAGCUAACGAAGAUUCUAGCCAAGUGGCUAAUGCUCUAAGCAACCCAAAAGCGAUAGAAACCAAUGAAGAAUCAUUAGCAAGGUCCUUUAUUGGUGUUAUUGAUAAGAAAAUUCGCAAUUUGUGUAAGAGAAAGACUAAACUCGAAAAUUUGAAAAAAAUCGAGGAGGAAGGCAAAGAACUGAAUCAAGAUCAAAAGGAAGCAAUCAGUCAGGCUAAAAGUGUUGAAACAGAUUUGGAAACUUAUCGCGAAAUCAAUCAGCAAUAUUAUAAGUUGAUGGAAGAGUGGCAGAAAAAUCAAAAAAAGCAAAUGAGGAAAGAGCAAGCAACACGAAUUGAAGCAGAUCGAGUCAGAAUUUGCGAUAUCUUGAAAUUGCAAAGACUCCUAGCUGCUGUCAAUCCUGAGACUCGACAGUACUUCUUGGAAGGUAGCAACGGUGCUACGAAAUUAAAUGAGGAUGAAAUUCGUCAAAUCGAGGCUUUUCAGGAACUAGUUCUUGAUCCAACAAGUGUGAAGACAUCAGGUGAUCAUUUUUAUAAUCUCAUAGAAAAGAAAGAAAAGCCUGUAGUUGGAACGACAUAUGAUAAAUUGAUGGCAGUUAUGCAAGGAAUUGAAUUGUGCUCAUUGUAUACUGGUGAACUUAAAGAUAAAGUUACUGAACCAGUAAAGGAAGAGCCACAGCAGGAAACCGUUGAAAGGCCAUCAAAUGGAGAUGCGGAAGUAACUAGUGGCGAACUGUUACCGGCGGAAGUAAAGAAUAAUGAUAAAAACGUCGAAGUGGCAGUUUCUGCCGAGAAGGAUUCAGUGUCCGAAGAAAAGUUAAAUAUGCCUAAUGCGCCUACGGGAGAUUUUGCUGAACAAGGCGAAGCUACAGAGAAAGAUGACGGUUUUGAAUCUCAAAAAGGCAACAGGCGCCCGCGAAAUUUUCGAGGUGGGAAUCGAGGCCGUGGCAAUCAAGGCCGCAACAGGAUUAGAAAUCGUAAUGGCGAUCGUGGUGGAAAAGAAGGUGCCGGUGGAAGAUUCCCUGGAAAUCAGGAUGGCCAAUACCGUGGUGGACGUGGCGGAAAUCGUGGAGGAAAUCGUGGAGGCCGUCCACGUGGUUCUGGCGGUGGCAACUAUCAAAGAUAUCGUGACGAUCGAUCCUCUCAACAACCACAACCCCAACAGCAACAGCAACAGUAA